AUGCAUCAACACAAGCCCUCUCCAUCAACUCAUCUCCCCAUCCUUAAACCCAUCUCCUCCCAUGCUGGCUACGCCGACUACCUUGCCGAACUCACCCACGAGCUCCCCUUUUCCGCGUCUCAGUUCGGGAUUGUUCUGGUCUCGGCAUUAGGACUCAGGGACCGCCAGAACCAGGACCGCGACUCGAAGAGCAAGAACCCAGAGGGAACAGCAACCGUAACCUGGGAACCCAACAUCGAUAGCCCGCACUCUCGAUGCUCCUUACCCGUCCAGGACGCCACGGGCAAGGAUGUUUUUACUACUGUCGACGUGACAAUCGCGGGACAUGCCAGCACUGUUUACGCCAGGGGUGAAUAUUCUCUGAUGCAGGCCGCAUCAAGAGCAGGAUCUGAAGGCGGCGCGAUUGAUGAACACUAUUCGUUCAAAGCUACUGCGGAAAAUUUUAGCAAGGCUGCUAAGGGCGAUCCAGUGAUUCAGGGCCAUCAAAACAAUGUUAUCGCGGUCAUGAAAGAGAUUCUCGAUCACCCUGUCGCCAACAAGACUCCUCCUGGACAAGAUAAAGCCGGUCUCCAAUACCUUUACUGCCUCAACGAGAUUUGGAUACCCACCUUGAAGACGUUUGGCAAACUGUCUGACGGAAACAGGGCAGUCAAGCACGUCAUUACCGAAGAGGAGCUCCUGAAGGCCGAUCCUGAGAUCCGUCGUCGAUGCCAGGAGCUUGAAGAGAAGGAAGGACUGGUGCUGGGUCCAAUGGUAGAGAGCGAUAUUCCUCUCAUGAUUGAGUUGAACAGUGUCAAAUAUGACGAUGAAUACGGCCGCUUCAUCAUCAAGCGAUCGCUGUGCUUCCGAAACAAAAAGGGCGAGAUGGUUGCCUGGGCAGGCACCCACGGCGACUUCUCGAUCGCGGCGUUGCAUGUGCUGCCAGAGUACCGCAUGACUGGUCUUGGUAGACUUGUUCUCCACGGUCUGGCAAUGACCCAUAUUAAACUCGCGCGCGAGAUCCUGGCGACGCGAGGCGACGAUGCCGAGUCUGUAUCAGCUACGACUCUUGUUGCGCACGCAGAUUGCAUGGACUACAACCAGGCGACCAUGAUCUUUAUGGAGCGAUGUGGAUGGCGCCGUAUUGGAUUAUACCUGUGGAUUGGUGUUGACAAGAGUACAAAGGAGAAGUAA